AUGUACAAGGUUUAUUGGGUUGAUGGUUGUAUGGAAGAAAAUAUUCUUGCAGCAUUUGAUGAUGCCAUCUAUGAUGGCAUGGACGUCAUUUCUGUUUCAAUUGGAUUUAAUCGUCCUCUUAAUUAUUUUGAAGAUAGUAUUGCCAUUGGUUCAUUUCAUGCAAUUAAAAGGGGAAUAUUUGUAUCAAAUUCAGUUGGAAAUUUUGGACUUGCUAGAGCAUCAGUUACCAAUUAUUCUCCAUGGUCUCUAACUGUGGUUGCAAGUACCAUUGAUCGUAAAAUGGAAUCUGAACUUCUUCUAGGAAACAACAUAUCUAUAAAGGGAAUUGCUGUAAACACAAAUACAAUGGAGCAACCAUGGUAUCCUAUCAUAAAUGGAAGCAAUUCUGACUUAAAUGCUUUGAAUCAUAUCGAAAUGAAAGGAAAGAUAGUUAUUUGUGAUGACUCUAGUGAUUCCUCGGAUUAUACAGUUUAUCUUGGUCGUGGUGCUGGUCUUAUUAAAAUUACAGAUCAAUUCAAUGACAUAGCUUGUGUAUGGCAAAACCCUACAACAGUGAUACCAACUAAGCAAGGAAAAGUUGUAUUGUCUUACAUCAAUUCUACUAGCUCUCUUGUUGCACGGAUUCUUAAAACAACCACUCCCAAAGCACCGGCACCUAUUGUAGCUUCUUUCUCAUCUCGAGGUUACAAUCCAAUCAUGUUCAAUAUUCUCAAGCCUGAUAUUACAGCACCAAGGGUCGACAUUCUUGCAUCUUGGGCUAGAAAUUCCUCGCUUACUGAGAGUCUAGGAGACACAAGGCACUCUGACUUCAAUAUAAUAUCAAGAACCUCCAUGUCAUGUCCACACAGUGCAGGAGUUGCAGGAUUUGUUAAGUCAUAUCAUAAUAAUUUGUCUCCUAGAGCUAUCAAAUCAGCUCUAAUGACUACGGCAUUGGUAAUGGAACCCACAUUAGUUGGAAAUGGCGAUGCCAAAUUUGCGUAUCGGGUAGGGCAGAUAAAUCCUAUGAAGGCAAUCGAUCCAGGACUUGUGUAUGACAUAGGUGUAGAUGGCUAUGUCAAUUUUCUUUUUAAGGAAGGCUAUAAUGAUACCACUUUGCAGUUGGUUACAGGAAACUUCAGUAGUUGUGAUUUUAAAGAGCCAUCUAAAAAUGGACCAAGAGAACUAAACUAG